AAAGCACCAACACAGCUCUCUCUCCUAUUCCUAUUUCUUCUCCCUCUCCCUCUGCCUCCUGCAAUUUCUACUCUUACAGUAAUUAACACCUUCUCUCUUUCUCUUAGGGUUUUCCACAUGCCACUGCAUACAACCCCACAAUGCUUCAACAAAGGAGACGCCGUAGAAGUGCUAAAAACCAACCCUUUUACCAUCUGGUUACCCUCCACCGUACUCCGAUCAACCCCGUGUAAGAAAACUAGAAAUGGUCAAAUUUACGUUGAGUUCCAGACCCUUUCCGGCGAGGAAUCUUCUGAACGCCGGCGAGAGUACGUCAACGCCGGUGAUGUACGUCCUGCACCUCCACCGUAUCUUCACAGUUACUUCAAGGUUGGUGACAAUGUGGAGGUUCAUUAUAAACAAAAAGGGUGGAGAAAAGGGAAGGUGGAUGAUAUAUUGGAGAAUUCUAUGUAUUUCGUUUCACUUGAUGGUGUAGACGAAGAAAUUGUUAAAGUGGAACAAUGGAGUUUGCGGGUUUAUCGAGUCUGGGAUGAUGGUUCUUGGCUUCCUCCUCUGGACCUCCAACAAAUGCGCCAGAAAAACAUACCAGAGGUAGAGCUGAAAUCAAGAGGGGUCAAACUCAGGAUAAAGUGUAGCCGAUCUUGGAAGGAAACAUUUAGCGAAGGGAUGUCUGUGGAGGUGAAAUGUGAUAAAAAAGGUUGCUAUGGUUCAUGGCAUACUGCAGCUAUUGUCGAAUCUGUUGGCUAUGCCAAGUUUUUGGUUGAAUACCAGAAACUGAAAACCUUGAACGGAUCUCAAUUUCUCAAAGAAGAGGUUGAUGCUUCAUGCAUCAGACCGUGUCCACCUGAAAUCCGAUCAUUUCAUCGAUUUGAACAUCUUGAUAGGGUAGAUGCUUGGUUCAAUGAUGGAUGGUGGGAAGGUCAUAUAAAAGAAGUUCUUGGUGGUUUGAAGUAUGUAGUUUGUUUGAUGACCACAGAGGAAGAAUUGGUGUUUGAGCAUUCUUUGCUGAGGCCUCAUCAAGAAUGGGUCAAAGAGAAAUGGGUUACUGCGAGGGAGUUUGAUAUGACAAGAAGUUCAUCUGACAUGACACUGAAGUCAAAGGAGCUGAAAAUCAGGAUAAAGUGUAGUGGAAGGAAAUUGGAGCCGAAAUUCAGCAAAGGGAUGAGGGUAGAAGUGAAAAGUGAUGAAGAAGGAUACCAGGGUUCAUGGUACACUGCAGUUAUUAUUGAUUCCAUUGGUCAGCAUAAGUUUUUGGUGGAAUACCUGACACUAAGAACUGAAGACGAAUCUGAGCCCCUGAAAGAAAAAGCAGAUGCUUCUGACAUUAGGCCGUGCCCCCCUGUAAUUCAAAGAAUUUGCAGAUUUAAAAUACUUGAAGAAGUUGACGCAUGGUAUAAUGAGGGAUGGUGGGUUGGUCUUAUAUGCAAAAUCCUUGACGGCUUAAAGUAUAUGGUUUAUUUUUGGACGACAAAUGAGGAACUGGUGUUUGACCAUUUCACUUUGAGACCCCAUCAAGAGUGGAUAGAUGGUAAAUGGGUCAUUGCCUUCAUGAAAAACUCUAAACUCCAAGUGAAACCCAAACUUGAAAACUUCAAGGGACAGAAUGGUGGAGGAGUAGUCAGGCAUACAAACUUUUGUGUUGGUGCAAAGGUGGAGGUGAAGAGUGAUGAAGGUUACCAGGGUUCAUGGUACCCGGCUACGAUUAUUAGACCUCUAGGAAAUGGGAAGUAUCUGCUACGUUACUAGACUCUAGAAACUGAUGAUGGAACUGACCUCCUGACUGAAGAAGCAGAUGCUCUUUUUAUAAGGCCUUCUCCCCCUGUAAUCCAACAAGCUGACCAAUUCAGGCCACUUGAUGAAGUUGAUGCAUGGUAUAAUGGUGGAUGGCGGGCUGGUCAAGUGUGCAAAGUCCUCAUAGGUUCAAAUUAUACGGUCUACUUUCGAACAGCAAAUGAGAUCUUGGAGUUUCAGCAUUCUGAUUUGAGGCCCCAUCAAAACUGGCUAGAUGGAGAAUGGAUUGCUGCUAAAAGGGUGUGAUGUGAUUCUUAUUUCUUUUUAAGUAGCUAACUUAUUUUGUGAUGUUAUUAGCAUAGAGCUGCUGAUUGAUGAUCUUGCCCCCAUGCUUUGGUCUAGUGGUAAGAGUGCAAUAUGUGAUGUGUGUUAGGCGCACGUCACAGGUUCAAAGACAAAAAGCCGAGGAAGGUAGAGGAGGGGGGGAUAUUAUUGGUUAUACAAAAAAAAAAAAGAGCUACUGAUUAAUGGUCUCUGUUAUAUUUGUACAUAAAGACUCCUAAAUUAGUUUUUUGUUUAGCUGUGAUCAGAAGGUUUGCUUCUCCACUUGCUGUUUUAUUGCAGCUUAAAGUAAGAAAUUAAGAAGUAAA